ACCACUGAUCCCCACCAUUCCGUCCUUCGCCGGGACCUUAACCCACCGUCUGUGCCCCGCCGCCGACCGCUCCUCCCCGCCGCGAUGGGGAGCGUAGACCUGGUGCUGAAGCCCGCGUGCGAGGGCUGCGGCUCCCCAUCGGACCUCUACGGCACCGGGUGCAAGCACACCACGCUCUGCAGCUCAUGCGGCAAGAAAAUGGCGCUCUCCCGCGCUCGAUGCCUCGUCUGCUCCGCUCCCAUCACCAACCUAAUCCGGGAAUACAAUGUACGGGCAAAUGCUACCACAGAUAAGUCAUUCUCUAUUGGAAGAUUUGUCACUGGUUUACCACCUUUCUCAAAGAAAAAGAAUGCUGAGAACAAAUGGUCUCUUCAUAAAGAAGGCCUACAAGGGCGACAGCUUACUGAUAAAAUGCUGGAGAAAUACAACAGGAAGCCAUGGAUUUUGGAAGAUGAAACUGGUCAGUAUCAGUUUCAAGGUCAUAUGGAGGGAUCACAGUCAGCAACAGCUACGUACUAUUUAUUGAUGUUGCAUGGCAAGGAAUUCCAUGCAUUUCCUGCUGGCAACUGGUAUAACUUCAGUAAAGUUGCACAGUACAAACAACUGACUCUGGAAGAGGCUGAGGAGAAGAUGAAUAAGAGAAAGACUAGUGCAACUGGUUAUGAACGUUGGAUGAUGAAGGCAGCUACGAAUGGCCCAGCUGCCUUCGGUUCUGAUAUGAAAAAGCUUGAGCCUACUAAUGAUGGAGAAAAAGAAGGUGCUCGUCCUAAGAAGGGAAAAGACAAUGAGGACGGUAAUAAUUCUGAUAAAGGUGAGGAGAAUGAAGAAGAGGAAGCUGCUCGCAAAGAUAGGCUUGGGCUCUCUAAGAGGGGCAUGGAUGACGACGAGGAAGGUGGAAAAGAUUUAGAUUUUGAUUUGGAUGAUGACAUUGAGAAAGGGGAUGACUGGGAGCAUGAAGAAACAUUCACUGAUGAUGAUGAGGCUGUGGAUAUCGACCCAGAGGAGCGGGCAGAUUUAGCUCCUGAGAUUCCUGCUCCACCUGAAAUUAAGCAGGAUGAUGAUGACAAUGAAGAAGAAGAAGGUGGUUUGAGCAAGUCAGGAAAGGAAUUAAAGAAGUUGCUUGGGCGUGCUUCUGGACAAAAUGAGUCAGACGCCGAUGAGGAUGAUGAAGACGAUGAUGACGAUGAGUCAUCCCCAGUGCUUGCUCCUAAGCAGAAGGAUCAACCGAAAGAUGAACCUGUUGACAACAGCCCAGCUAAACCCACACCUUCAUCAGGACAUGCCCGUAGCACGCCUCCUGCAUCAAAAUCCAAACAAAAGAGGAAAUCGGGUGGUGAUGAUGCAAAAACAUCUGGCGGUACAGCUUCAAAGAAAGUAAAGGUGGAAUCUGACACCAAACCAUCAGGCAUCAAGGAGGAGGCACCAUCUUCCUCGAAACCUACAUCAAAGGCCACGGCUUCCUCAAAAACUGCCAGUGCCAAUGUAUCUCCUGUGACAGAGGAUGAGAUCAGGACUGUUCUUCUUGCAGUGGCCCCAGUCACUACACAAGAUUUAGUAUCCAGAUUUAAGUCUAGACUACGAGGUCCAGAGGACAAGAAUGCAUUUGCUGAAAUUCUGAAGAAAAUUUCGAAGAUACAGAAAACGAAUGGCCACAACUAUGUCGUCCUUAGAGAGGAUAAGAAAUGAAGAGCUCAACAAACUCAAGUUGAAUUCCUUCAUUAAGAACCUUCCUCGGUUCUGUAUGAACAUAAUAUCUUUGUACUGCAUUGAAUGAAUCUGGUCUUCGGACUUGAGUAUGCUGAACUUUUUAUUGUAGCUUGCUUAUAGAAAUCAAAUAAUGAUACAGUAGUUUAGUAUGUUGUGAUCUUCUGGUAGAGUUCUUUUGUAUUUGGUCCGUGGCUGUAAUCAUCUGACUGUGGCCUGAUGAUCCAUAGGCGAGCACGCUCAAAUGAUUGGUUAGAAAUAACAUUAUACUGCCUGAUCGCAGCUGCACACAUGA